AUGGUUAAAAUUCGAGAGGCGCCAGCUCAGUCUAAGCUCAAAGACGCAAUUUCUCAAUUAAAUCGAGAGUUACAGCGUCUUGAAGUAUUAGAAAAUAUAGGAAUGAUCUCUGAUGUUGAUAAAGAAAAAAAAACAAGUAUUCAAAGUGAACUCGCAUCAUCACUAAAAGCUUUGAAUAAAUUAGAAUACCACCAACGGUCUCAACAGAAGUAUAGAUCUCAGAAAAGGCAGAAGCUUCAGCAGAUGGAAAAGCAGCUUAAAGAAGCAGGUUUCGAUACGCAGCUUGUUAGGCCAACAGUUGGUCGUCCAAGUUUAGAAGAAGCACAGCCAGGUUUAUUGGAAGCUAUUGUUCAAAUUGUUUCUUCAGAUGGACAGGCUGAUGAAAGACGGCGUUCAGAAUUAAUACGAUCCGUCAAGACCUUAGACCAGCUCCAAGAAGCAUUAACAAAUAUGAACUAUAAAUUGUCACGCUCUGCGACAUAUCUUAGGCUAAUUCCAAGACGGCAUAAUAGUGAAGAAGGAAAGCGACACGUUAAAACGGUGCCAGUGAAGCUUCUAAGGUCACAAAAUUCAGCAAGAAGAAGCCAUGAUGAUACCCAUUUCUGCGCUGCUUUAAUAAGAAAUAUAAAAGAAAUGGUGUCAUUAUUGGGUCCCAAAAGUGCUUUAGUAAUAUCUCAAGAUGAUAAAGCACGAAUACCUCUCGGUUUAGCCGUGGCCAACAAACAAGCACCGAUUCUUAUGAAGUUGGAAUACCGAGUAGAACUGCCGGAUCAUGAUUGGGUUGUUGCUGAAAGGCAUAAACUGAUCCCUUCAGUUUAUGCAGUAUUAGACGUACAAGAAGGUAAAUAUGGACAAGCUGAAGCAGUAACAUAUUCAGGUCCAACGUUCAUAAGAAUUCGUAGCGGUAAACAUGAUAGUAGUACCGCUUACUCUCAUGGCAAAGACUUCGAUGACCUGAUGGUUGAGGAGAAAUUAAACAACUUUACUACGACGGACGGCCAGCCUAAACCCGUGGUGGUAAUGAUAAGUGAUGGUGGACCCGACGAGAAUCCACGCUAUAGAAAAACAGUUCAGAUGAUGGUAGAUCACUUUACUAAGUAUGACCUUGAUACCAUCAUUGUGGCAUGCUUUGCACCACACCAGAGUGCAUCCAAUCCAGUAGAAAGACGAAUGGCGCCUUUAAGCCAUGACUUAGCUGGCAUAAUCCUCCCACAUGAUACCUUUGGAUCACAUUUGGAUGCACAGUUAAAGACAAGUGACGAGGAAUUGGAAAAGCGCAAUUUCAAAGCGGCCGGAGGUGUUUUGACAUCAGUGUGGGAGGAUACAAUUAUCGAUGGUUAUCCGGUUCUUGUUAAGUAUGUAGAUCCUUCCGAAGAAUCCUACUGCCCAAAUGAAAAAUCAGCUGCUUGGAUGGAAAAACAUGUAAUGACUUGUCGUUAUAUGACUCAAGUCAUAAAGUGUGAUGAUCCAAGCUGCUGUAAACCUUUUCACAGUGGAAUCAAACAGGUCCUUCCAAAUCGCUUUUUCCCACCACCACUUCUGCUCCAACAGAAGCUUCAUAGUAUUUGCAUAGCAAGCAUGGGCAUAUCCAAUAAUACAACUCACUUUGGCAGCUUUCUUCUCUCCGUAUUAAUGGAAAGAAAGUUAACUCCUCCAGACGCAAAUCUACAGUAUUUCCCCUUCGAUUGGUAUUGCCCAACCGUCAAUAAAUCAAUUAAUGAGUAUCUCUGCUCCUAUUGUAAUCGAUACUAUGCUUUAAAAGGAGCUUUGAAAAUCCAUACUAGAAAAUGUAAAAAAUCCAACUUAUCUAAAGAGCCUGUUUUGGAUAUUCAAGAUUACGAAGGUAGUGAAACUAUGCAGGUGGAUGAAGAAGCGGUACCGGAAGAUUUGUUUGAAACCUAUCCUCAUCAAGUGCAAGUUCAAGAAAAGUUGAUUGCAGAUAGAGUAUUAAUAGUUGACUGGGAUACUUGGAAGCAAUGCGAAUGGGCAAAUGAAUAA